AUGCAUGCAUUGAAUGGAACCUUAAUGGCAGUCAAACAAGUAGAAAGACCAACAGGUAAUUCACAUAAUGAAGAAAGAAAGAAAUCCAUGUUAUCAGCCUUGGUUAGAGAAAUCGAAUUUUUAAAAGAAUUACAACACCAAAACAUUGUACAAUAUUUAGAUUCAUCGGCAGAUGAUUCGUAUUUUAAUAUCUUUUUGGAAUAUGUACCUGGUGGAUCGGUUUCAACUUUACUUAAGAAUUAUGGAUCGUUUGAAGAAGCUUUGGUCAAGACGUUUACUAAACAGAUCUUAACGGGUUUAAAUUAUUUACAUUCUAAAGAAAUCAUUCAUCGGGAUAUUAAAGGUGCUAAUAUACUUGUGGAUAAUAAAGGAGUGAUUAAGAUUUCGGAUUUUGGAAUUUCUAAAAGGGUUGAAGAUAAUUUGUUAUCGAAUGCUAGAGUUCAUAGACCUUCUUUACAAGGAUCAGUGUUUUGGAUGGCACCUGAAGUCGUCAAACAAACUUCUUAUACUCGUAAAGCAGAUAUUUGGUCCUUAGGGUGUUUGAUUGUGGAGAUGUUGACGGGUGAACAUCCUUGGGCUAAUCUGACUCAGAUGCAAGCUAUCUUUAGAAUUGGAUCGUUUGCUACACCUGAGAUUCCGGAUGAUAUUACAGAUGAUUGUAUUGAUUUAUUAAAACAAACGUUUUUAAUUGAUCAUCUUGCAAGACCUGGAGCCGAUCAACUUUCGAAUCAUGCGUUUUUUAAAGAUGAAG